AGAUCACCUGAUUGUUUGUUUGUCUUUUUCUAGUCAAACACUUCUCUCUUUCUUAUUGUUCUUUGAUUUUUCUGUUUGGGCAUUUUCUUUCUGCGUUUUCGAAAUGGGGUAUAUAUAGAAGACCGACGGCGAUUUUUGGAACUGUUCGCUUCGUGUUCAAGACUGUCCUGCCUGCCUUUACAACCAUGAAGGUGCUCUACGCUGCCGUUAUCUGCGCAGUCUUCUGCUUCGCCCUUGCAGAAGAAAAGAAGGAAGCCGAAAAGACUGCAAAAGCUACGGACGAGAAGAAGGACGAGAAGAAGGAUGAAAAGGUCGACGGACGUAUCGGUUACGGUGGAGUCGGUUAUGGGGGAGGCAUCGGACACCCUAUUGGUGGCGGCGGCUUGGGCUACGGCGGAGGCUAUGGCCACAAUGCCGGUGGAUUCCAGGGAGCCCAUCAAGCAGGAGCUGGAGGGUACCAGCAAGGAUCUGGAGGAUUUGCUGGUGGCAGCGCCCAUAGCAACGUAAACCGCUUCAGCGAUUCUCAGGGGUACCGCCACAGCACCGGGUUCUCAUCAAGCGACAGCAAGAACUUCGGCACUGGUCACCACCAAGGGGCCGCUGGAUUCCAAGGUGGAUCCGCCGGGCACCAGUCCGGUUAUGGACAGUCUGGAUACGGGCACCACGGAGGUGUUGGAGGCAUUGGACACGGCAUUGGACAUGGCAUUGGACACGGCGGUUACUAGAGGGCCAAUAUACACACAACCUAGUCACACCACGUCAUCAAGUACCUGUUAAAAGAAGCGGUCAAGUUCGUGGCAUUGGAAACUAAAUUAAGCUUCAAUAAAGUAUUUAUAUUAUA